AUGCUAAUUUCUUCAUUAAAAAUGGGAGAAGACGAUUAUAGUUCAGAGACAACAGGAGGACAACGUAAAAGAUGGACUCUUGAAAAAUUACGUGGUGGAGAAUCAAUUCUCACUCAACAAGCUGGAUCUAAUAGAUUUGAUUCACAAAAAGGUAUGACAGCUCCUGGUAUGCCUCGUUGGAAUGUAACAAAAGAUAAAUCAUUAGGAUACAUUGAACCAGAUCGUAGAUCUGAAAAUAUCUUACGAGCUCAAUGUGGUACUAAUCAAUAUGCUACACAAGCAGGACAAACAGCUAUUGGAUCUGGAAGAGGUCAAGUUCCAAAAGUUGUUUACAAAAAAGAAUGGGAAACAAUACAUGACAAAGAGGGUGAAAAAAUUCUUACUAAACAAUCUGGUGAUUAUGGUUAUGCUUCUCAAGCAGGUUGUGCUUUGGCUAUUGGUACCCAUAGAAAUCAAGUUCCUAAUAUAACUGGACGUAUGCCAAAUGACAGAAGAACUCAUGGAGUUCUUUGUUAUCAAUAUGGAACAAAUAUAUUUGCUUCGCAACAAGGAAUGGCUGCUCCACCAGGAGUUGGUGCUGUUAGACAAGCAACUAUCAAUAUUGAGGGACUUGGAUUUACUGAAGAUAAUCUUAGAAAAGGAACACUUAAUACACCAUGGUACUCUGGUCAAAAUAAGUUUGCCUCUCAAGCUGGUAGUGGUGGUUUUUUGAAAGUUCGUGAUGUUAUACCACAUACUCAAGGAGGAAAAGAAAUUGAUGAAGAAAAGAAAAGAUUGUCUGAUGGAAUUGUUCCACUUCAAUCUGGAACCAAUAAAUUAGCUUCUCAAAGAGGAAUGACUGGAUUUGGAACACCAAGAAAUAUUUUAAGUAAGAGUGGUUGGAAAAAAGAAUGGAUUGAAGAGUAUGAAAUUGCAUUAAAAGAAUGGGAAGAAAGUAGACCACCAGGUAGUGCUUCAUCAGUUGAUCCAUUUGGACAUUAUAAAAAGAAAUUUGAAGAAAGAGAACUUUCCAAAGGAAGCAGUGGAAAAAGUUUAAAUUUAAUGGAUAAACAAGAAGAAAAAGAGGAUGAGAAAGAGGAAGAAUCUGAACAUGAAGUUGAAGAAAAUGAACAUGACAAAGAAAAUGAAGAAAAUCAAGAAGAAGAGGAAGAGGUUGAAGAAGAAGGAGAAGAGGAAGAAGAAGAAGAAGAGGAUGAAGAAGAGGACGAAUAA